CAGGAAUUUAUCUAUCUUCGUCAUCGGUGACGGCCGUGGCCGAGACUUUUGUUCGGAAACGACGCCAUCAAAUGCCGGAAUAACUCUCACGGUGAAGGCCUUGGCUGUAAUCGCCUUGCCUUGGCCACACCACCUUUAUUAUAAUUAAACACUUACUUACACACAACUUUUUAUCUUUUCAAGCCCUAGAGAUAGAUAGAUAGAUAACUUGAUUUCCUUACAGCAGACAAUCCUCAUGAAGGCCUUGCUAAGAAGUCAAACCUCGUCCACUUCCUCUUCCAAUUCAUCCUCACCGUCAUCGUCUUCCUCCUCCUCCUCCUCGUGGAUUCAUUUGAGAUCAGUUCUGCUCGUUGUCGCGUCCUCUUCAACAUCUUCUCAUUCUUCCUCUGAUCGGAGCCAUCUAAAGUCUCCAUGGUCACGAAGAAAGAGAAAAAACCCCCUUUCUCCUAGGCAAUGGAGAAAUUUGUUUACUCCUGAUGGAAAACUUCGUGACGGCGGUUCAAAACUUCUGAGGAAAGUCCGGAGUGCAGGUAUUGAUCCUUCUAUCAGGGCAGAGGUGUGGCCAUUCCUCCUGGGAGUCUAUGAUUUGAACAGUUCCAAAGUAGAAAGAGACACUUUACGAUCUGAGAAGAGAAAGGAGUACGAAAAACAUAGAAGACAGUGUCGAAGAUUUCUAAAAGUUAGCAAGCAGAGAUCCAAACUGAAAGAAACUUGUGGGGAGUGCAACAAUAAUGAUGGGGCUGUUUUGUGUUUCCAUGAAGGUAUAAAUUCUCCGGAUUCAGAAGACGCAGUUAGCACUAGGGAAUCUCUUUCCAGUGAAGAAGAUGAUAAUCCAAAUGACAAUCUAGAUUCUGGUUCAAGACGCAUCUCAUAUCCCAAUACCCCCAUGGUGGACUCGGAUUCAUCAGUCUCUGAGGACUCCUCAGACGACAUAGGAUUGAGCAAUACUUUCCUCUUCAUGGAAAACCACGAGGAAACUGAGGAUCCUUCUACUUGUACUAGUGGGGUGGAUAUGCAGUUGACGAAAAUGGAAGAUUUCUCCACCUGGCAGCGGAUCAUUCGUCUGGAUGCAGUUCGUUUCAGCGAAGACGGGAUCACAUACUCUCCCGGUCAAGCCAGUGUAUCUCUAGAACGGGCAUCUCGGGCAGCCGAAGCGGUGGGGUUGAAGGAUUACGAGAACCUAGAAGCAUGUAGAAUCUUCCACGCAGCGCGUCUGACUGCAAUCCUGGAGGCGUACGCUGUUUACGACCCGGAGGUGGGUUAUUGCCAAGGAAUGAGCGAUUUACUUUCCCCGAUAAUCGCUGUGAUGAGCGAGGAUCACGAGGCGUUCUGGUGCUUUGUGGGUUUCAUGAGAAAAGCGAGACACAACUUUCGGUUAGACGAGGUGGGGAUAAGGAGGCAGUUGAAUAUAGUAUCGAGGAUAAUAAAGAGUAAAGAUUCUCAUCUUUAUCGGCAUUUGGAGAAGCUGGAGGCGGAGGAUUGCUUCUUUGUGUACAGGAUGGUUGUGGUGCUGUUUAGAAGGGAGUUGACGUUUGAGCAGACGGUUUGCCUUUGGGAGGUGAUGUGGGCGGACCAAGCAGCGAUAAGGGCGGGGAUUGGGAAAUCUGCAUGGAGCAGGAUAAGGCAGCGUGCCCCGCCAACGGAGGAUCUAUUGUUGUACGCGAUAGCGGCUUCAGUGCUUCAGAGGAGGAAGCAGAUAAUAGAGAGGUAUAGCAGUAUGGAUGAGAUUGUGAAGGAGUGUAAUAGUAUGAGUGGGCAUCUUGAUGUUUGGAAGCUUCUUGGUGAUGCACAUGAUCUAGUGGUCACACUCCAUGAUAAGAUAGAGGAAGAGGACGAGGAUAUUGAGGUAGUAGAGGAGGCAGUACCACCCUGAUCAAAAGACUUUUAUUUUCAUUAUUCUCUAAUUUGGUUAAUAAUUCUUCCUUCUCUUAUAUACAUACAUAAUACAUGCAUAGUGUCAAAUAUGUUGUGCAUUGUUUGUUCACCUCCUAAGGAGACCUUUAAAUGUCUUGUUUCAAUUACAAGUAGCCUUGCCUUGUUCAGGUUGUUGGGAUGA